CUUGUUUGAUUGAACUUGAGUUAUCUACAUCGCUGAUUGGUCAACCAGUCCGGGAUAUGUGGGAAAUCGGAUAACGAUUCCAUGAAGUGUCGAGCAUGUUUCCAGAUCUGGCAUGCCUCAUCGGUUACAGGCUAAGAAGGUCGUGGCCAAAUGGAGCGGCGAGUCUCUCCAGCAAAGAAAACGUAUAAAUGAGGGGAUGCACCACCCAGGAUUCGAACUUGGAUCUACCGGUCACGCCAUCCGCCUUCUUGACGACGUUCACACUACUACUGUUCUCUCCAGGCCAUCAUAAUGAAGGCCUAUCUCGAAUACCUCGUUGCGGCUUUGCCCCUUCUCGGGCUCGCCACCGCCCAGCAAGUCGGCAAGCAGACGACGGAGACACACCCCAAGCUGGCAUGGAAGAAGUGUACCGGCAAGGCCAACUGCAGCUCCGUCAGCGCCGAGGUCGUCAUUGACUCCAACUGGCGCUGGCUCCACGACUCCAACGGCAAGAACUGCUACGACGGCAACAAGUGGACCAGCGCCUGCAGCAGCGCCACCGACUGCGCGUCCAAGUGCCAGCUUGAUGGAGCUAACUACGGAACUACCUACGGAGCCUCGACCAGCGGUGAUGCCCUCACCCUCAAGUUCGUCACCAAGCACGAGUACGGCACCAACAUCGGCUCGCGCUUCUACCUCAUGAAUGGCGCAUCCAAGUACCAGAUGUUCACGCUCAUGAACAACGAGUUUGCUUUCGAUGUUGAUCUGUCGACUGUCGAGUGCGGCUUGAACGCUGCUCUCUACUUUGUGGCUAUGGAGGAGGACGGUGGUAUGGCUAGCUACUCUAGCAACAAGGCUGGUGCUAAGUAUGGUACUGGUUACUGCGAUGCACAAUGCGCUCGUGAUCUCAAGUUCGUUGGUGGCAAGGCCAAUGUUGACGGUUGGGCUCCGUCCACGAACGAUGCCAACGCUGGUGUCGGUCCUUACGGUGGUUGCUGCGCUGAGAUUGACGUUUGGGAGUCCAACGCACACUCGUUCGCCUUCACGCCGCACGCGUGCAAGACCAAUAAGUACCACGUCUGCGAGAAGGACAACUGCGGCGGUACCUACUCCGAGGACCGCUUCGCCGGUCUUUGCGACGCCAACGGCUGCGACUACAACCCGUACCGCAUGGGCAACACCGACUUCUACGGCAAGGGCAAGACCGUCGACACCAGCAAGAAGUUCACCGUCGUCUCCCGCUUCGAGGAAAACAAGCUCACCCAAUUCUUCGUCCAAAACGGCAAGAAGAUCGAGAUCCCCGGCCCCAAGUGGGACGGCAUCCCGUCCGACAACGCCAACAUCACGCCCGAGUUCUGCACCGCGCAGUUCAAGGUGUUCGGCGACCGCGACCGCUUCGCAGAGGUCGGCGGCUUCGCCCAGCUCAAUUCGGCCCUGCGCAUGCCGAUGGUUCUCGUCAUGUCCAUCUGGGACGACCACUACGCUAACAUGCUCUGGCUUGAUUCCACCUACCCGCCUGAGAAGGAGGGCCAGCCUGGUGCUGCCCGUGGUGAUUGUGCGCAGAGCUCGGGUGUCCCGGCGGAGGUGGAGAGUAACUAUGGUAGCUCCAAGGUUAUCUACUCGAACAUUCGGUUUGGUCCUGUUGGGUCUACUGUUAAUGUUUAAGUACAUACGGAUAUCGGAGGGCUUGGAGGAUUCCACUGGAAGCUAGGUAUAAGGUAUCUUGUGGUAAAGCGGAUGGGCUAAAAGUUGGUGGUUGGAUGCUCGGAACUCCGGGGAGAGCGAGGAGGGCGAAAAACUCAAGGGGAUCGGAUCUUCGAUUCUGUUCCAACGCAUGUCAAUUAUGCCCUUGCCGAAUCCACAUUCAACUGGUCUCUUUGUUUCUUUGCCCCUUGCCCUUGCCAACUCCCUAUGACAUGGUGCGUUGAUGGAUAGAUGUUGGGCUUGGACUGUUGG